UCCAUUAAAAUUCAUCUUCUUCGCUACCUUUCGUCUCUUACAAUGGCUAAUUAUUUAUGUUCAAUAAGAAUAUAGUUCUCUCUAGUAACAUCAAUUAUAUCCACAGGUGGCAAAUAUUUGAAACAUUUAUCUCUACUGUGGUACUAUUCGCAUGAUUAAUGACGAAGAAUGGAAUUUAUUGUUACCUUGGUUGUUAUCCUAUCGUUAUUAUCUUUAUGUGUCAAAAGAAGCUCACGAAAGGGAGCUUAACAGUCUUGUAAAAAUGCUUCAGGUAAUCAAUCCGACCAUUAAGAUUAAAAGGACACAUUCGUUACCUCCAAACGCGCCAAAUUGCUUUAUUUGUAUGAGGAAAAUUAUUAUCUUCAAGUUCGUAUGUUAAUCGCAAGUAAAAUUAACGUUUGAUUAGAGUUUCCUUCACGGACAAAUUUAUUUCGCGAAAUAGAAACUUGUCCUUCGAUAAAUGGAUUCAUUUCCUUUGUUGGAAAAUUUCUUCUUCUAUUCGACACGAUUGCAAAAUGUGUAAAAAGCACUACGAAAAAGGAUAAUUCAGGAAUCACGUAGAAAUAUGAGCUACCCGCAUAUGCCAUCCAUAUAGUAUUCUUAUAUUACUUGAUAUCAUAACACGGUUAACAAUAUAAAUAGCAUGCUAUUAUUUCUAAUUACUACUGCGAGUUGAAACUUACAGUCAGUAUAUGUGCACCGGGCAGACUUUCAAAAUCGCUUGCCUUUUGUUUUUUGAAUACAAAAAACCUCGUCUGUGGAAACAUUACUUUACAUUUUCAAUUUAUUUUUUUCAUGAGGAAUCAUCUCUUCCGCGUUUGCACAACUAAUUACCAGACACCCUGUAUGAGUACUACUAUGCUAUUAAUUCCAACGAUGAUCCUUGAAAAACGUCUGGCAGAUUUGAAACUACGGGCGAUCGUGAUGUCGAGACACUGUGUAAGCGAACUACAGAUUUGGAUGACGGAACAUUGUUAACGAUCCUUCGGCAAAGGCCUUCAACUCUCGGAUGGUCCUUGGUCAGGUAAGUAAAAGGAAAAAAGAAAAGACGGAAACGAGAAAUCACCGAACAAUACCCGGAGCAGAUAACAGCACGAAGCGCUGACGAACACGUAGGUGGGGAACACGAGACACACGAUGUGGAAUAAAUAGUGGCCUGAAAUCGAGCGGAAUUCAGUCGCACUGCUGUUGUACCAUCGUCGUUGACGUUUAUUCACGAAGACCUCUGACGAGUUCCUCGUGAAGUCAUCUAGUCCUAUCUGCAAGCAGGAUAUAAUCAAUAAGUACCCGCUGGGUGAUUUCACGCGGACAUAUUCUACACGUCGCUUACUUAUCAAGCCCGCUAGUCGGUGCACUCGAUUCAUCUUUUCGGUUAUCGUGAUCGUAGCAGAAAAGAUGAUGUUCCGAGCGCUGUUGAUGCUAGCACCCGUACUUCAGAUCAACGCAUUUUUUCUCGGUUUCAUACCGACCAGCCCUAAAAACAACGAAACCGUAAGGGAGUUCAACGUUUACUGGAACGUGCCCACCUUUAUGUGCCAUAAGUACGGGCUUCACUUCGAAGAAGUAUCGGAGAGAUAUGGCAUCCUACAGAAUUCGAUGGAUAACUUCCGCGGUGACGAGAUCGCGAUCCUUUACGACCCUGGAAUGUUCCCGGCGUUGCUGACAGACCCGAACGGAAAGGUAGUGACGAGAAACGGUGGUGUCCCGCAAGAAGGCAAUCUCACCAAGCAUCUCGAAGUAUUUCGGGAGCACUUGAUCAAUCAGAUACCAGACAAAUCGUUUCACGGUGUGGGGGUGAUCGAUUUCGAAAGUUGGAGGCCAAUCUUCCGACAGAAUUGGGCUUCCCUCCAACCUUAUAAGAAACUCUCUAUAGAGAUAGUUCGCCGUGAGCAUCCGUUCUGGGACAAUCACAGCGUCGAGCAGGAAGCGAAACGAAGAUUCGAGAAAUACGGGAAACUUUUCAUGGAGGAGACACUGAAGACUGCCAAACAGAUCAGACCGUCCGCCAGUUGGGGAUACUAUGCUUACCCCUACUGCUACAAUCUGACACCGAAUCAACACAGUUCCCAGUGCGAUAGCGCUACGAUGCUGGAAAACGAUAAAAUGUCAUGGUUGUUCGAGCUGGAAGACGUUCUCCUGCCGUCGGUGUACUUCAGAUUGAACCUAACGAGCAGUGAACGAGUCGGUCUCGUCGGAGGUCGUGUCAGAGAAGCCUUGAGAAUAGCGAAACAAAUGGCGAUUAGGAAGAAGGUUCUGCCCUAUUAUUGGUACAAGUACCAAGAUAAGAGGGAUAUGUAUUUGAGCAAGGACGAUCUCGAAGCGACUCUACGAAAGAUCAUGGAUCUCGGUGCCGACGGUCUCAUCCUUUGGGGAAGCUCCAACGAUAUCAAUACCAAGCAAAAGUGCGUAGAGUUCAAGGAAUACGUAAACAACGAACUAGGGCCCAUUGUAGAUCGAAUUAGACGAACCGCUCUUGGCUUGACUCAAAGCAACAGCACUCUUAUGGACAAUAGAAUCGAUGUGAGCGUCGACCAAGUUUGACGUAACACUUGGAGUACCGAUUCUCUUGUAAAAAGAGGCAAAGUAUUAGGAGAAAUUGUAAAAAAUCUUUAGUUUCUGUCGCUUACGUAUACGGUUAUCAUACAUAACAUACGUAGGAGAUCUGUUCGACCUUCGAAAUAGAAAGAUAUCAAACAGGAGACACCAAAGUGAAACCAAAGACUACUGGUUUAGACGAUACUUGGAGAUGUUGCGCGACGUAUUCGAGCAGCGAUCGAAAUAAAAUUCCUACGAAACUA